AUGCGGAAUACCCGGUCAGAUGUAGACGACUCCAAGGCGAUGCUUCAACAUGUGGAGCGUGCCGCCGAUGAACUCGGCAGCGCACAUGCAGACGUGAUAGCCUUUGCCUGCACAGCGAGUAGUUUUGUCGCGGGCGUUGAAGGCGAAAUCGAAUUGCGAGACCGGAUCGAACGGGCAGGAAAGGCAAAAGCGGUAACGACAUCAGGUUCCGUUGCAGGGGCGUUGCGGACGCUCGGGGUUCGGCGCGUUGCGGUUGCGACACCCUACCCGGACGAACUCAAUGUGCUGGAAAAACAAUUCUUGGAGGACGAAGGCAUCGAAGUCCUGACCAUUGCCGGCAUGGGCAUCGUGGAUGCGUUCAGCAUCGGAAAGGUGACGCCACAAGAGACGUAUGAAUUCGCCCGGCGUGUCUGGCAGGCUGACGCCGAUGGAAUGUUUAUCAGUUGUACCAACCUGCGCACCAUUGAUGUGCUAGCACGACUGGAAACAGAACUCGGCGUGCCAGUCAUCUCCAGCAACUUGGCGACGUGCUGGGGGUGUUUGCGAGCCUUGGGACAUCAUGAUCCGAUUGACGGGUACGGGAGGCUUUUGUCAGAGCGGCACAGUGCCUAA